CUCCUACGAUAUAAACAGUCUAGACGCCGCCUCGCCCGCGAGAACGUGUCUCCCUUGAGCUCGUUAUUUACAUUCUCGUUUUUAUUGUGAACUGUUAUAGAUGGCCAAACCUUCAGAAAAGGUACUUGACGGCAGAGGGCUGCAGAUUGUCAGUCCGAAGCCGGACCACACCUUCGAGCUAGACGAGAGAAGCCUCGCGGAAUUACUAGAUAGUCCUGACGUGCGGAAUCGUUCCGUGGUUCUAGUGGCCGUCGCCGGCGCUUUCCGCAAAGGAAAGUCCUUCCUUCUAGACUUUUUCCUGCGCUAUUUACAUCACACGUACGUGUUAAACUCUAAAGAUGACAAUUGGCUGGGGCCAGAAGACGAGCCGCUGCAGGGCUUCGGCUGGCGCGGCGGCUCCGAGCGACACACCACCGGCCUCCUACUCUGGUCUAAGCCCUUCAAAGCCACACUCCACAACGGAGAGAAGGUGGCGAUAUUCCUGAUGGACACGCAGGGCACAUUCGACAGCGAGUCGACUGUACGCGACAACGCGACCGUGUUCGCACUCUCUACCAUGAUAUCCUCUGUCCUGGUAUAUAAUCUGUCGCAGAACAUAGAGGAGGAUGAAUUGCAGCAUUUACAGCUGUUCACAGACUACGGGCGGGUCGCGCUGGAGAAGACGGAGGGCAAGCCAUUCCAGCACCUGCAGUUCCUCGUGCGCGACUGGAGCGUGCCCUACGAGUACCCAUACGGACUUGAAGGAGGAAACAAACUCUUAGAGAAGAGACUCGAAGUACAUGAGAAUCAGCACGAGGAGUUGAAGACGUUGCGGCGGGAGAUCAGGUCGUUCUUUAGCCAGCUGUCCUGCUUCCUGAUGCCGCACCCUGGCAUGAAGGUAGCCACCAGCAAAGAGUUCAACGGGAAACUGACAGAUAUAGAUGAAGAGUUCAAGAAAUGUUUAAAAGAGUUGGUACCGUAUCUCCUGGCGCCACAGAACUUGCAGCUCAAAGUUCUAUCAGGACAGACGUUGAAGGCCAAGGAGUUACUGUACUACAUCAAAGCAUAUAUGGAGGUGUUUAAUGGAACAGAACUGCCGGUGCCACAAACUAUUCUGGAGGCGACGGCGCAAGCUAACAACCUGUCCGCGGUGUCGGAGGCGCGCGAGGUGUACGAGGGCCUGAUGGAGGAGGUGGCGGGGGGCGCGCGCCCCUACCUGCCGCCGCCGCGCCUGGCCGAGGAGCACCGCCGCGCGCGCGACAAGGCGCUGCACUGCUUCUCCUCCAAGAAGAAGAUGGGAGGAGACGCCAAGGCUGACACCUACCGAGAACAAUUGGUGCAGGAACUGGAAGAACAAUUCGAUCGUCUGCGGGCACAAAACGAGAGUAAAAGUCUACUGAACAUAAUCGGUAGCGGCGUUGUGUUCGGCGCGCUGCUCGUAGCGGGCUGCGUGCUGAGCAUGCUCGGCGACGCGCUCGCAUUCACCGUACUGGAGGUGCUCGGACAAGCGCUCGCACUGCUGGCACUCGGCGCACUCGCCGUCUGGAUGUACAGCAGAUUCACCGGACAUAUGCGAGAAGCUAGCGAAAUAUUGGACGAGUUUGCAAUCACUUUGAGGAAUUAUAUGUUACAAAAUCUAUCGCCGUCGGGCAGUCUGCCGGCGGCUGUUACGACCACAGACAACCAAAAAAGAGACUAACGCAAAAGGAGUGCCAAUAAUUUGUACUUCAUAAAUUAUAACUUUUUUAAUUGCCAACUGUAAAUGAAUAUUAAUAUGAGUAUAUUUUUUGGUAUAAAUGAC